AUGUCUUUGACUUCUGUAGAAAACGUGUUCGAUGUUGGGUAUGCCGGAAUCGUUAGAAACACAAACUUUUCUGACCCAUGUGGAAGAACGGAGUUGCUGAAGACUUUAGAUAAAGCUCAGGAAGAUGGAGUAAUCAGUAAGCUAAAGGAUUGCAAUCAAAGAAUAGGGCGGCAUCAGAUCGCUAUCAAACAAUACCAUAUUGAAGUUAUUGAAAAAUAUACACAGUCCCAACAUCUUUCUAUCCCUCUUCAUAUUAUUGCUUCCGUUGGUUACAUCGAGGACGAAGACAUUCAUGUGAUCGCAGUAAAUAUUGCCUCAAAUGAUUAUCCGACCUGCCAACAGAAUCGGGAUAUUGCAGUGUUACUGCUCCCUAGCAAGAAGGCCGCUAAUGAUCUCUGUCAAUCAUUGAAUGCCCGUUUUCAAGUUACAUAUAGAGAGUUUGCAAUGAAACCUUGUUUGCGAAGUGCAGGUUCUCCGUCCUCCAGUCAUUCGCUACAACUAAACAGAACUUCAACACAUGCCCUUCCGGCUUUGGCUUCUGCAGCUACUCAGAACACUUCCACAUCAAUUUAUACAGCUAGUGACUCUUCAGCUGAAGGCAACGAGUUUCUUCGAAUGCUCAACGAGAGUCUAUCCGUGGACGAAAUUAAGCAGUUUGCAUUGUUGCUGAAUAGAAAAAAUAACUCUGACUUGCCAAUUGCGGAGUUGGCAUACAAAUGGAUGGAGCUACUCGGAACUCAUAGACGCCAUCUCAUGUACAAAUUUCGUCAUUUAAUAAGUCCAUCGGAUCAAGCGGCGUUUAUCGAGUUCUUGAAACUGCAUGAUAUCCGAAGUGCAUAUGACACUUAG